CAAGAAAGGGUUUGGGUCGCUCGACGGACAUCCCCCGGAGACGGACGACAAGCCCCGGGCUGCUGCCCGGUAACCGGACGUGGGAAAACAGGCUGUUCGGGGCUCUCGGCAAAGGAUCGACCCGCUUCUGUUCUCGCCCGGGACCCAAAAGGGCUGCUGCAGCUCAGAAUUGAAACCGACGGUUGCUCGAUAAGAGCCUCGAGCGGCUGCUGUUCGUUGCCGGAAAAAGCUCGGGUCUACACGGCUAUGGCGAAUGGCUGGGUGCACUCGUUCGCCGGCAGGGCUGCUCGAAUCUUCGCUAAGGGUCAGCCUUCGACAGUCGCGCUUUGUCUCUUCAGCCGUCGGGAAAUGAAGCUCUUCGCCGGCAUUUUCCCGCUUUCGAUUGCACGAUUUCUGACGCCUGGAACUCGUCGGACUGGUGCUGCUCUUGCCGGAAAUCCCGUCGCUGAGGCUUGGUGCUCUUGCCGUCGGAUGGCCGGAGGUCAGAUCUCAAAGGUCUCGGAGGUCGUCGGCGCGCACGGACUCCUCGUAGCCAGAAAUGGCUGGCUCUCGAAUUCGCUGGUUCUGCUCGUAAUCGGGCUGGUGGUGAUCGACUCGCCGGAACAUGGUGCCCUUGCUGUCGAAAAAACGAAGCUCUGCCGUGAGGGAUGGCUGGUACAAUUGGGCCAUCUCUGCGAAUUCUCUGUGAACUUUUUACUGAAGGAGAAAAUGAGAGUGGCGGCUAAUUGGAGGGUUCCU